AUGACUUCUAGCGCAAAGUUGGGUUUCCAUUCUUUUGGCAGUAUAUGGAGGGACUCUGCUUGUGGGCUCACGUAUGCUUCUUACCCUGAGUGGUAUCCCAGAAUAAUGAGCUUUCGGGCGCUAAAACUUUUCGCAGCUCUUUUUGGAUACUUUGCAGACCACUGCAAGUCGCGGAGAGGCCCUUUCACAAUCGGUCUUAUUGCUCUAGGAAUCUCGACGGUGUUUUUCAUGCUGGCAAGGUCUCCGUUCACCUUCAUCCUCGCAAGGGCUAUCCAGGGAAUUUCUGCUGCAGCAACGUGGGUAGUAGGAACUGCUUUAGUUGUUGAUACUGUAAGCGAAGAUCGAGUUGGAGAAGCUCUGGGCUAUACGAGUAUGGCUAUGACAGUAGGAACACUCCUUGGUCCUACUAUCGGUGGCUUAACGUGGGAGAAAGGCCAAAUAAAUGGUGAAGAGCAACCGAAAUCUUCUCAAGCCGGUUCCAAACAAAGAGACGAACAGUCACCUUUGCUCGCCUCUCAAGACGCUUCCAACUCAACCGAUCGUUCGAAUUCACCCAAUAUUUUUCAACUCCUCAAAAUGGGGCAUAUGCAACUUGCAUUGCUAGCCACGGUGCUCUCUACAUCUACAUUCGGGGCUUUCGAGACACUUAAGACGAACUCAAAUGCUGAUUCCACUUUACAGACACUUCCACUCUUUGUAAUGGAGACCUACCAUUGGUCAACAAGGGGAGCAGGCCUGAUAUUCCUAGCUCUGACACUACCGAACUUUGCUGCCGUCCCUUUCGGGAAGUUUGUGGAUAAGUUUGGCGUUCGCAUGAUUGGUCCGGUGAUAUGUCUACUCACAGCCGUGGCAACCGUUUGUCUCCGCUACGUUCAGGAGAACAAUUUGGCUUGCCAAAUUAUUCUUUGUGUGCUCUUGGCCAUUGUAGGGACUAUGUUCAUUUUCGUGGGACUGGCCGCAAUGACAGAAAUUUCCUACUUGGUUGGUCAUCCUGAAGAUGGCUCUCUGGGUGAAAAGAAGUCCGUUUCGCAAGCUUAUGCACUUUAUAAUAUGGCAUUUUCCAGUGGGCAACUUCUCGGGCCCAUAGUUGGUGGGUCUAUCAAGGUCAGUGCUGGUUGGGGAACAAUGACCGUCGUCUUAGGGGUAAUAUGCGCACUGUGCAGCGUUCCCGUUGGACUUUUUGGGGAAAGAUCGAAGCCAAAUAUUCACACAGAAAGACAAGAGAACGAAUGCUGA